CUUUUGUGUGCAAGCUACUGUGUGAUGGAUUGACCUGGACGCUGGACAGGUAUGGUCGGCCGGCCGGCCGGCGAAACGACGACGGCGAUCGACGGUCCUGGACUCUGUCCAUUCUCCGCAUCUUGAUCGUCCACUUCGUAUAGCUGAAACGUCUCACUGUCACCUGGGCCCCAGGUAACCGAAACGGCUCGCCGGCUACCUAUAUAAACUCCCUCGCCGCUGCAAGGCGGUCACAACAAACAGAGAUCAGCCUCCAUCGGGCAGCAGCCAGCGACCUGUGACUGUGCCUGACGCCAUGGUCAUGGAGGAGGAGGAGGAGGCGCUCGUGCAGAAGAUCACCGGGCUGGCCGCGGCCAUCGGCAAGCUGCCGUCGCUGAGCCCGUCGCCCGAGGUGAACGCACUCUUCACCGAGCUGGUGACGGCCUGCAUCCCGCCAAGCACCGUCGACGUGGAGCAGCUCGGCCCGGAGGCGCAGGACAUGCGCGCGCGGCUCAUCCGCCUCUGCUCCGAGGCCGAGGGCCUGCUCGAGGCGCACUACUCCGACCUCCUCGCCGCCUUCGACAGCCCGCUCGACCACCUCGCGCUCUUCCCCUACUUGGACAACUACAUCAUGCUCAGCCAGCUCGAGUACGGCCUCCUGGCGCGCCACAUCCCGGGCCCGGCCCCCGCGCGCGUCGCGUUCGUGGGGUCCGGCCCGCUCCCGCUCAGCUCGCUCGUGCUCGCCGCGCGCCACCUGCCGGCCGCGUCCUUCGACAACUACGACAUCUGCGGCGAGGCCAACGAGCGGGCGCGGCGCCUGGUGCGCGCCGACGAGGACCUGGGCGCGCGCAUGGCGUUCCGCACCUCGGACGUGGCCGACGUGACGCGGGAGAUGGCGGCCUACGACGUGGUGUUCCUCGCGGCGCUGGUGGGCAUGGCGGCCGAGGAGAAGGCGCGCGUGGUGGAGCACCUCGGGCGGCACAUGGCCCCCGGCGCCGCGCUCGUGGUGCGGAGCGCGCACGGAGCACGCGGGUUCCUGUACCCGGUGGUGGACCCGGAGGAGAUCCGGCGCGGCGGGUUCGACGUGCUGGCCGUGCACCACCCGGAAGGCCAGGUGAUCAACUCGGUCAUCAUCGCGCGCAAGCCCGUCCCGGUGGACGGGCAGGGGCACGCGCACGCGCACGGCGCGGUGGUGAGCCGGCCGUGCCUGUGCUGCGAGAUGGAGGCGAGGGCGCACCAGAAGAUGGAGGAGAUGGCCAUGGAGGAGCUGCCAUCGUAGGAAUGGGAUUGCCCAGUGAUCGACAUCUACCGAUCCAUCGAGUUGCAUCUUCUCGAUCUCUUAAUUACUACUCCCGUAGUAGUACUAAAUCAAAUCUACAUAGCAUGGUAAUAAUUUGGUUGACUGCAUGCAUGCAUGCCGUCGCUAUUGAAUUUCUGGUGUAUUACCAUAAUUAUUUUUUCUUUCUACUGCUAGUAGUUGAAUUUGUCUGACAGUCUCCGGGUUUAACAAAGAAGAGGAUCGUCGGAGCAAUA